CCAACUUCAGACCAUUACGUGAAACAAAUCAGAAAAAUGGCCACCGUUAAGUUUGCUCUUAUCGAUGUAAACGAUUUUUUAACUAGAAAACAAUCUGCCGAACCAACUUUAGCAUCAGAAUGGGCCACAUUAGAAGAGCUCUACAACAAAAAAUUAUGGCAUCAGCUAACGUUAAAAUUACAAGAUUUCGUGAAGAAACCGGAGCUAAAGAAAGGCGACAAUCUAAUACAGUUGUAUAUGAACUUCUUGGUCACCUUUGAGAAUAAGAUCAACCCGCUCUCGUUGAUCGAGAUAUGCUCGCACAUCGUAGAACAGUACACCAAUAAGAAGGAAUCUAUAGAAUUCCUUGAAAAAAUGGAGCCCAAAGUUAAGAUGAACGAUGAGGCUUUGACAUUGUGUAAGGUCCUCCAAGGCCAAAUCUACUUAGAACAGCUGAACGACCUGGACUCCACACAGAAGAUCAUUGAGCAACUCGAGGGUACACUGGAAGAUGCUGACGGGGUUACUCCGGUACACGGCAAGUUUUACAAACUGGCUUCAGAGUAUUACAGAGUGCGCGGGCCGAUGUCGCGCUACUACCGCGCGGCGCUGCGCUACCUGGGCUGCGCGCGCGCCGGCGCCGACCUGCCGCCCGCCGAGCGCCGCGCCUGCGCGCUGCGGCUGGCGCUCGCCGCCGUCAUCGCGCCCACCGUCUACGACCUCGGGGAGCUGCUAGCCCACCCGAUAUUGGAAUCGUUGGAGAACACUCCCGAUGCGUGGGCGACGCAGCUGGUGGCCGCCGUCAGCGCCGGCGACGUCGUCGCCUUCGAGAAAGUGCGUGCGCGGGCGCCGCACCCCGAACUGCAGAAGGCCGACAGGCAGCUGAAGAUGAAGAUAGCCAUUUUGUGUCUCAUGCAGAUGGCUUUCAACCGCACAUCGGCGCAGCGUAAACUGACAUUCAGCGAAAUCGCGAGGGAGGCGCGCGUACCCCACGACGAGGUGGAACUGCUGGUGAUGAAGGCUCUGGCCGAGAAGCUGAUCCGGGGUCAUAUUGAUCAGGUGAGCUCCACGGUUCACGUGACGUGGGUGCGCCCCCGGGCGCUGCCCCGCGCCGGCGCCGCGUCGCUGGCGCGCCGCCUGGACGCGUGGUGCGCCGCCGUCGCGGGCGCCGCCGCCCUGCUGCGGGACCGGGCGCCCGACCUGUGAUUCCAGAUUUCCAUUUCAUAAGAAGCUGCCCGUCAAAGCUGUCCUUUCCAUAAAAUCUAGUGUUUAUGUUUACUAAUAAAUGAUUUAUUUGUAAAA